AUGGGCCAUGCUUUGUAUGACCGCAAGCGUGGCAGUAACGUGGACAUAAAGUCCUUAUUCUUUGCCCCAGAUCCGAACCGCCUCUUGGGCGAAAUGCGGAAGUCGUACACGAACCUGAAGAAACUGGGCAGCGGUGCCUUUGGUUCUGUCUACAAAGCCCAAUGCCGCCUGACUGCAGAGUGGCGCGCCAUCAAGAAACUUCCGCUGUCUGACGUUGAGGACGACAUGGCUUUCGUCUAUGCGGAGCUUGAGGCCAUGAUUCACCUGCACCACCCCAACGUGGUCAAAUUCUACGAGCACUUCGAAGAGGAGAGCGCUAUUUUCCUUGUCACUGAGCUGUGUGAUGGUGGCGACUUCUCGGAGUUAAACCACGGCAUUGACGAUCCACAGGAAGUGAAGCUGUUGAUCCGGGACGUGGUAAAGGCACUAGCAUAUUGCCACGACCACGGGGUUGCGCACCGAGACUUGAAGUUUGAGAACUGCCUCAUAAAGGAGAGCAUUCGUGACUACAGGGUGGGAAAGGUCAUCGACUUCGGUCUCUCAGCGAUCCGGGCUAGAGCUCGGCUCAAUCCAAUCGGUGCCGCAAUGGCCCGGUCGCUCAGCUUUGCGCGCUCCAGCUGGAAACCGAGAAGCACUGCAGUGUCGGCUGGUCCUUCGCGCUUCUCGCAAGCACCCGCCGGCUUGCAUGCGCCAUGCGCUCCCCGAACAUCCCGGAGCAUCGGCGCUGCGGUGAUGGCAUCGGGAGCUUUCAAGAUGCUGGGUACGCGACGGCUGGGCCGCAUUGUGCGAACAGCUGGAGAAGUACGGCAAACCAGUGGGGCUGCUCCCGGCCUGCGUGCACGUGACCUGACCGAUCCGACCACGGCGCUGCACCAAAGGUACCAUGAUGGUACGCUGCAGUACACUAUGGACAACAUGGAGUGGGUGGAGCAGAAAGGCUUCAGCAAGGACGACCACCUCUCAGACGAGCAGAAGGGUUCCCUGCGCGCCCAAGCACGCGUGCGUUUGGAACGGUGGCCUCGCCUUCUGGAAGAGGACAUGCAGCGAGUGCAGCAUUGCGAGCGACAGUCUUUCUGUCCCUGGCCAGGUGGCUUUGCGCUGGGCGAUCCGGGUGAGAACGUCUUCGUGAUCAGCUUGGCCCGGAGGCCCGAGAAGCGCCAGAGAGUCCUGCAGCAACUGGAGGAGAAUCAGUUGAACGCAACUCUGGUCAACGCUAUAGAUGGGGAUGGGAUUCUUUACCAACAGGACGUGGAGGCGCUUGGAGCCCGCAUCCUGCCGGGAUAUGAUGCCGGCUUCAGCAAUCACAAUAUGCCUUACACCACUGGCGAGGUGGGUUGCUUCUUGAGCCACUACGCUGUUUGGCAUCACAUGGUGGAGCAGAACAUAUCGACUGCCCUAAUUCUGGAAGACGAUUUCGACGUGCAGGAAGAUUUUCGAGAACGAUUGGGUUCAUACUUGGCCGAAGUCGAGGGUCUCGACUGGAACCUCAUGUACGUGGGCAGGAGCCCCAUGGAGAAUGAUGUCAGCAAGGUCUCGGAGCAUGUGGUGCAACCGGGCUAUACCUUGUGGACUGUCGGCUACAUCCUCCGCCUGGAUGCGGCGAAGCAGCUUCUGGAAACCCACGCUGAACAGCACAUGAUUCCCUUGGACGAUUUCUUUUCCGUAUCAAUGGGUUGUGGGAUGGAUGGACAGUACAACGAACGGGCUGUAGAAUGGAGUGCGCAGAUCCCCCCGAUCAUGCGAGGGCUGGCUUUCAAUCCUCCCCUUGUCAUGCCUUAUGUGGGGUCGAUGUUUAAAAGCGACACGGCCAUGCUUCGACCUGGGACACGUUACGUGCAAGAUUUGCCGCCGCAUGGAGAUGAUGUUGUCUCUCCUGAUCCGCGCUCUCGUGGCUUGGCCCCGGCUAAUGCAAGGGAGGCAAGCGUUCACUUUCCUGCCAGCGCUGGUUCCCGCCGAGCGUUGAUGCCGAAGGAGUGGAGGGAGGCACUGGAGACUCUUGAUGCCAUCUACGCAACAGCUGCAAGAUGA